CUUUCCUUCUAUCUCUCUAUUCGUUCUUUUUUUUUCUUAAUUAAUAAUUAAUUAUUCCCCUUGCGUAGUUGUAUGGUUUGAUGAUCUCGUUUCUUUUUCUUGUUUCCUGAAUCUGGAUCUGAAGGCUUGAUGUUGUUUUUAGACUUGGUUCUAGCAAUUUCUUCUCGCUUCGUUUUGUUUUGAGGGGAAGGCGAUGCUGUUAAUGGUGGCCUUUUUUUUUUUUUUGAAGAUUUACAGAAUGGGUCGUAUUACUCUUCUUCGGUUUCCAUAAGUAGACUGUGUGUCAAGUUUUAUAGUUUUUCUUUUUUUUUUCUCAGGAAGGGAAGUUUGUUUACUUUUUCCUUUUCCUUUCAAAUAAUGCAUUUGAAAUUUAGAGAAGGAAACGUGGCUGCUCGUUGGAUUCUAGUUAGUCCCGGGUCGAUUUUAUUUUUCUUUUCCUUGAAACUGGGCCCAAUUUUCCGUUGUAGUACUGGGUCUUCGUUUAGUGGUGGGUAAGCCAAGCACCCUGUAGCGAAUCUGUGCAUUUGUAAUUAAUUUGGCCACAAACUUAAUGCUUGAUUUUUCUUUUUCUUUUUAAAUCUGGAAAGUAUUUAUGGGAUUGGGAUGGUCAUAUCAUUGAAACCUUCAACUGGGAAUGAUCUUUUUAAGAUGUAUCAGCUUAGAAUCUUUCCAAAACAACGUGGGUUUGUGGCUGGUUUCCUAUUUCUUGCUUGUCGGUGAUAUCUGUCAGCCUCGAUGUCUAAACGAAACGGUCGUUUCAAAGCUUCCUGCUCAACUUGCCUCUGAGACAUGUCUAUGCUCCAUUUAUUAUCAGGAUUUGCGCUCUCAAAUCCCCUCAUUAUUUGGACAUUUGAUGUACCAUCCCCAUGUUCAUGGUUCUUUCUUUCUUUCUUUCAUCUAAGAAGAUGAAGUUUCGUUAACAAGAAAGCAUCUAGAGCAAUAAAGAACUAUCUUGGAUGAACAGAGCCCCAAUACAAUUUGAUCUCAACCCUAUCUCUAGCAACAUUGUUCACUCUGGAUCAAAGGCUCUAGCCUCCUUAUGUCAUGAUGAAGAACCAGGAGCUGUAUGCUGUUGGACCCUCAAGAGGCUCAUGAGACUGAAUCAUGUCAAAAGUAGCUAUACUCAUUGCUAUUGCUUGAACCGGUAGAGAGAAAAAAGUGCCAGGUUGUUUUGCUCAUUUUCCACAUAUGCAACAUAGUAUACAAGGAGCAGUACUAUAACAAAAACUAUUGCUAGACCUAUCAAAAUCAGAAACCACCAACCUACAACUCUAUUGUCCAAAGAGAAUUGGAAUUAUAAUUUCUGGAAUUGUUAUGGUGAAUAGGAAAUCAUGUACUGCAUCUUAAACUACCAUUAUGUUUGGGAUGCUUCUUAUAGCAUUUUCCCUGUAAUCUUACCAGGCACAGUGCAAAAACUUCAUGUUGUUAUUUCUUAAGAUGAUAUUUCUACUUUACUGGGGAACAAAGAAGAUCAUUGCCUUAAAAAAUGUUUUCUGGUCUGAACUCUGAAUAGUAAAAUAAACACAACAGUACAAUUGUUCAUUAACAGCAUAUGAAUAAUUUCUUCUUUACUGAAAACACCCACCGUCUGAUAGUUCCUCAACUGAUAUGAUCAUCUCAGAUGCUUUACGUAAUUGCUGAUAGUAUAAGGGAUCUUGUAUAAUAUUUUAUAAUCCUGUUGACUCCAAAUAUAUGUGCUACGGCCUACGGGACUGAAUGGGAUCCGGGGAAGACAGCACGCCUGCCAAGCCUUCCAAAUCAACUGCUUCAACUCAGGAGACACCAACAACACCUUCGUAUCCUGAUUGGUCAACUUCUUUGCAGGCGUACUAUGGUGCUGGAGCCACUCCACCUCCUACAUUUUUCACCUCAACUGUUGCUUCUCCAGCUCCACAUCCUUAUCUCUGGGGAAGUCAGCAUUUAAUACCACCCUAUGGGACUCCACUUCCUUAUCCUGCCGUAUAUCCUCAUGGAGUAUAUGCUCAUCCUAACACGGCUGCAGCUCAGGGUGCAGCAGUGACAACUACAGAAGCAGAAGGAAAAGCCUCUGAAGGAAAGGAGAGGGUUUCAACUAAGAAAUCCAAAGGGAGUUCAGGAAAAGAAAGUGGAAAGGCAGCUCCAGGAUCUGGAAAUGAUGGUGCCUCACAGAGUGGUGAAAGUGGAGGUGAGGGUUCAUCAGAUGCAAGUGAUGAGAAUGAUAACCAACAAGAUGAUUCUGAUACUAAGAAGAGAAGCUUUGAUCAGAUGCUUGCAGAUGGAGCAAGUGUGCAGAACAAUGGUAGUGCAACUGUUGAAACAUCUUUCAGUACAAGAGGGCAACCACUUGCAAAACUUCCAGUUUCAGUGCCUGGAAGGUCUACAGUAACUAUGCCUGCUACCAAUUUAAAUAUAGGGAUGGACCUAUGGAAUGCAACCCCUGCUGGAUCUGUACCCUUGAAGGCAAGACCAAACGCAUCUGGUGUCUCACCAGCACCUGUUGCAUGUGAAGGGGUUAUGCCUGAUCACCUUUGGAUUCAAGAUGAACGUGAACUAAAAAGACAGAAGAGGAAGCAGUCUAAUCGGGAGUCGGCCAGGAGGUCGAGAUUACGUAAGCAGGCAGAAUGUGAAGAGCUGCAAUCAAAGGUAGAGACAUUGACUACAGAGAAUCACACACUCAAGACUGAGUUGCAGAAGCUUUCUGAGGAAUGCGCAAAGCUCACAUCAGAAAAUCAGUCACUAAUGGAAGAGCUGACUCGGUUGUAUGGACCAGAAGCCAUUGCUAACAUUGAAGAUAAUAAUGCCAGCACAGUUCUUCAAUCCACUAAUGGUGAUGGAAAUGACCAUGGGGAAGAAACUUCGAGGGAAAAUGACUCCGUUUCCAGCCAGAAGAAUGGAAACUUUCUUAACUCUAAUGGGAAGCUCGACUCUGGUUCUAGCUGAUGACCAACUUUUUUCUGUUUGCACUACUAAUUUAGAGUCUAACCUUUCCGGUUUUUAGUUAUUUCACUAUGUUGAAAGCCUUGUUAGAUCUGUAUACAUAGUUGUAUAAUUAAUCGAACCCGGAAAAUUCGGUGUCUCUUGCUUCUCCAUUGAUCGAAAUUGAUUGUAUUAGCACAUUGCUUGGUAUGCAUGUUGAUUACUGACGGAUGAGGUUUUCUG